AUGUCCGUCCUAGUCGGGUGGCUGCUCCUGGCGCUCUGCACAGCUAUGCCUGGGAAGGCAGGGGUAGCAAGCAGCCUCCCUCCACCCUGUGACAGUCAGAUCUACUGCACCGGGGAGCUCCUCCGACAGGUCCAGCAGGCCCGGCUCUUCGAAGACGAUAAGCACUUUGUGGACAUGCCCCUGAACGCGACACCAGAGGUGGUCCUGGCGCGUUUUCAGCAACUGGUGAAUGCGACGCCUGGCGGGGCCUUGUCGAAGCAGCAGCUGGCAGCGUUUGUGGAGGCCCACUUCCUUCCCCCCGGGCAGGAGCUGGAGCCCUGGGAGCCCCCGGAUUGGAGCCACAGCCCUCCACUGCUUGGGAGGAUUUUGGACAAGAAGCUGCGAUCCUGGGCGCAGGAGCUGAAUUCCAAGUGGAAGCAGCUGGGCAGGCAGAUGAAGCCAGACGUCCAAGCCAGCCCUGACCGCCAUUCCUUGAUCUAUGUGCCCCACCCUCUGAUCGUGCCUGGUGGGCGAUUCAUCGAGUAUUACUACUGGGAUUCCUUCUGGGUCAUUGAAGGCCUGCUGCUCUCCGGUAUGACAAACACAUCCGAGGGCAUGAUCCAGAACUUCCUCUACCUUGUGAACAAAUUUGGGCAUGUCCCAAACGGGGGCCGGGUCUAUUACGAGCGCCGGAGCCAACCGCCAUUCCUCAGCCUGAUGGUGGAGAGUUACUUGAAACACACGAACAACACAGAAUUCUUGAGGAAAAAUAUCCACCUGCUGGAGGCCGAGUACCGCUUUUGGCAGGCAGAGCGGGCUGUCAAUGUCUCCGCCGGGGGCAAACAGUACCGCUUGAACCGCUACAACGUCCAGGUGGGGGAGCCCAGACCGGAGUCCUACAUGAAGGAUGUGGAAGUGGCGACGGGCUUAGAUGAAGAAGCCAAGCAGUUGCUCUGGGCAGAUCUGAAGAGCGCCGCAGAAUCAGGCUGGGAUUUCUCAUCUCGCUGGUUCCUGCCGGGGCCACCCCCACUUCAGGCCACGCUGCAAGACACCAAAGCCAGUGAGGUUGUGCCGGUGGACUUGAACGCCAUCCUGUGCAAAGUGGAGGAGCUGCUGGCCACCUUCUAUGAGCAGCUGGGGGAUGCUGGGAAAGCCAGAGAGUUCCAAGCGGCUCAUGAGCAGCGGGUGGCUGCCGUCCAGGCUGUCCUCUGGGAUGACCAGGCCGGGGUCUGGCUCGACUACAACCUCCUGCGCCAGAGGCGGAACCAGGCCUUCUAUCCCACCAACUUAACCCCUCUGUGGUCCCAGUGUGGGGUGGACCCAGCCUCUGUUGUGAAGGCCCUUCGCUACCUCGAGGGGAGUCCAGCGCUGGCGUAUACCAACGGGCUGCCCGCCUCCCUGGCUCGCACGGGCCAGCAGUGGGAUCUGCCCAACGCUUGGGCCCCCCUCCAGCACAUGGUAAUUGCAGGUCUGGCCAAAGCCGCCUCGCCCCAAGCCCAAGAGCUGGCCUUCACCUUGGCCCAGCGCUGGGUGCGGAUGAACCUGGCUGUCUACGAGAGCUCCCACGGCAUGUACGAGAAGUACGAGGUCGACGGUGACGGGAAGCCAGGCGCCGGGGGCGAGUAUCAGGUCCAGGAGGGCUUUGGGUGGACCAACGGGGUGGCCCUGCAGCUGCUGCACCUCUACGGCGAGCGCCUCACCUCCGCCGGCUCUUCAGCGUCUCACUUCCUGCUCUGGAUCGGGGCCUGCCUCGCCGUGUCUUUGGUCUAG